UUUUGAAGAUUUUUGUUUGGUCGAUUUUUGUUUGACCGCUGCGCGAUUUUUUUGCAAAAGAUGUUUUUUAAUUUUUGUAAUUUUUUCUAUUUUUCUUUAAUUUUUAUAGGAAAAAGUUAAAAUAAAAAAUGUCUCAACGUCUUUUGGGAGCACUCGGUCAGAUUGGUAUUGGAUUGGCAAUUGCUGGUGGAGUUGCUCAAUCAGCGCUUUACAAUGUUGAUGCUGGUCAACGUGCCGUUAUAUUUGACCGAUUUGCUGGUGUAAAGCCUGACGUUAUUGGAGAGGGAACCCAUUUUAUAAUUCCAUGGGUUCAAAAACCAAUUAUUUUUGAUAUUCGUUCAACGCCAAGAACUGUUAGUACUGUGACUGGUAGUAAAGACCUUCAAACUGUUUCGAUAACUUUACGUAUUUUGCAUAGACCGGAUCCAGUUAAAUUGCCGACAAUUUACAAUACAAUUGGACAGGAUUAUGCUGAACGUGUUUUGCCUUCAAUUACGAAUGAGAUCCUUAAGGCUGUCGUUGCCCAAUUUGAUGCUCAUGAAAUGAUUACUCAACGUGAGUCUGUCAGUCAUCGUGUUUCACUCGAAUUGGCUGAACGUGCAAAAACUUUUGGAAUGAUGCUUGAUGACAUUUCUAUUACACAUCUUUCCUUUGGACGCGAAUUUACCGAAGCUGUUGAAAUGAAACAAGUUGCACAACAAGAGGCUGAACGUGCGCGUUAUUUGGUAGAAAAAGCGGAACAGAUGAAGUUGGCUGCGAUUACAACGGCAGAGGGAGAUGCGCAAGCAUCUAAGAUGCUCGCCCAAGUAUUUUCGCAAGUCGGUGAUGGACUCAUUGAACUCCGUAAAUUAGAGGCGGCAGAAGAGAUUGCUGAGUUACUUGCAUCUUCCAAAAACGUUACUUAUUUGCCUAAGGACAUCAACCCUUUGAUUUCUUUGCCAUCGUAA